AUAAAAUUGAGGUCUACUGAAGCCUGACACACAUUAUAUCAAAGCCAUGGAGUAUAUCAGCAAAUUCCUAGACAAAUUGUGGAUGCUGUUGCUGCUUUCGUGUUUGACGGCCGCGAGAAGUCAUUGGAGCAUACGAAAACCCACGAAUUCGGUUAGCAUAAGGCAAAGUUCUUUGGGACUGUGUAGGAAUCAGGCGAGUGGCAGCUUUGUGGAGCAUCCGGAUGACUGUCGACUGUUCUAUCUCUGCCAGGACAAUGGAGACGCCGUGCUCGCCUCGUGCCCCUUAAAUAUGUUCUACAAUAAGCUGAACAAAAUUUGCGAUACGGCCGCCAAUGCCGGAUGCCAGAAUAAGACGAACCAGGAUAUUGUCAUUCCCCCCACCAAUAAUGAGCAGAAUCUCAAUAGCAUGAUCACAGAUGCGGCCAAGUAUUGUGCUACCUUAACGCCGCAGGCGGGCAAUGAUCGCAUCGUCUAUGUGGGCAGCUCGUCUAGUUGUAGCAAGUAUUACAUAUGUUACUACGGACAGGCGAUACUGCAGGAGUGCAGUGAGGAGUUGCAUUGGAAUGCAGUGACAGCCAAAUGUGAUCUGCCAGAGCGGGCGAAAUGUACCUUGGAAGUGAAUACACUGCCCGUGAGGCCACCAAGUGAUAUUACGAGUGAGCUAUUGCAUUGCCCUGCCUAUGGACAGCAUCUAUAUCCGCAUAUGCAGCGCUGUGAAUUCUUCAUUUAUUGUGUCAAAGGUCAUGCUACGUUGCAGCAGUGCCCGUUCUACUACUUCUUCGAUGUGAUAACCAAAUCCUGUCAAUGGUCGCGCACGGCGCUGUGUGUGCGAGAUUUGAACUUUCCGCGCCAUUAGCUCAUAAGUAAAUCAAUAUCGAACGCAAAAGAGUGACCGUAUCGGUAGAAUUUAAUCGAUACUAAGUAUCUGAUCUGUCAAAUCGAUUAAUCGUCGUGAUGUCAUGCCAUCCAAAAUACCAGAACAUUCGAUGAGACGGUCACACUGUUUUUAACCUGACCCUUGUUUAUACGAUUUUUUUGUUAAAAAAGAAAAAUGUUAAAUUGUGAAGCGCAGUAAAAUAAGA